UCAAUAAAACGAGUUAAAGUUUCACUGUAGCAGGAAGUUCUCCAAGUUAGUGAGCUUCAUUCUGUCAGUGCUGAGCCAGAGGUGGAUCUGUCCUGAGAGGAAUUAUUUCCCAUUAUGGCAAAAGCACAGCUGCUGAUCCUGAGUCUUCUUGUUUGCUCUGUUUAUGGAGCUAAUCUAGAAGAUAGAAAAGGACCAUUAGGUAAUAAAAUCUUGGAAGUGCCAGAAGCCACACCAGUGCCAUAUGCUAUUUUUCAGUUUACAUCCACAGUAGAGGGUGUGUCGUCAUAUCUCAUAAGCGGUGAGACAGAGGGGAAGAUUCAAAUAAGCAAAGAUGGCUGGCUGUACCUUGAAGAAGCACUGGAAUGGAGCCCAGAAAAAAAGCACACUCUAAAUAUUGAGGCACAUUCAGAUGCCGGUGACACCAUUGAUGGACCUUACACAGUUGUUGUCCAUGUUGUGGAUGUCAACAACAUUCCUCCUAUCUUCAGUGAGAACCAAUAUAGUGGAACUGUCAAAGAGCAUUCACCUGCAGGAGUUCCAUUUGUACGUGUGUUUGCCUCGGAUGCUGAUGAUCCAAACACACCCAAUUCACAGCUGAUCUACAGCAUUGAGAGCCAAAUCCCCAGCCAUAGUGGUGUGGCUUUCUUUACCAUCAACCCAAACACUGGGGAAAUUUCCACCACAGAUGAGGGAGCUGCAUUAAUAAGAGCUAGAACUGGAAUGAUGUACAGUCGUGGAGAAACUCAGGGGAAUGUUGACAUUCUGAAGAAGAAGUUUGAUGAAUUCUGUACUCCGAAGAAAGAGAUACCCCUCGACAACAACCCCUUCUUCACUUGUGUCGAACGUACUGAGAACAGGAAACUGAAUGCCAUACUUGAUCCAGACUACGUUCUGAUUGUGCGAGUGAAUGAUUUAGCUGGGGCUCCGAAUGCGCUGAGCAGCAUUGCAAGGGUCAAUAUUGCUGUGAUUCAGAAUUUGUGGGUUAAUCCUGGACUGGUUACGAUCAAGGAGAAUUUAAUAGCAGAGUACCCCAAGCUGAUUGCCUCGGUGCGUGCCAAUGACCCCAAUGCAGUGUACAGGAUCAAGCCAAAGGAGAGAGACAUUCCAUUGCCUUUCAUUAUCAAUGAAAACGGAGAGAUUUAUGUCAGUGAAUCACUAGACAGGGAGAGCAAGGACAUGUACAUCCUGAUUAUCUUGGCUGAGGAUGAACAAGGUGUCCUGCUGGAACCUCCAAUGGAGAUCCAUGUUGAGGUGACAGAUGUGAAUGACAAUCCUCCUGUGUGUUCCAAUGCCGAAAAUGUGUUUGAGGUGCAGGAGAAUCAGGAAAUUGAUACCUACGUCGGAGAUUUGUCGGCUCACGAUGCCGAUAAAGAGGGGACAAUGAACUCGGUGCUGACCUACAAGCUUUUGAGCCAGACUCCCACCAAGCCAUCUGACGGAAUGUUUAAUAUCGAUCAAGCACGUGGAAGUAUCCAAGUGGCCAGACAUAACUUCCGGAGGAAGGAUGUGCCGCAAUAUCACCUCAAGGUUUCGGUUACAGAUGGAGUUCACAGCACUGAGUGUGAUGUUAUCAUCAACAUCAUUGACCUCAAUAACGAGGUCCCUGUCUUUGAAAAGAAUGACUAUGGGAGAUACAGUGUACAAGAAUUAGCUCUACCCGGGACCACACUGCUAACCAUUAAGGCCACGGACGCUGAUGAUCCAGGGACAGGAAGCUCUAAGGUAGAAUACCACAUCAGUGCGGGCGAUCCGGACCAUGUAUUUGCCAUAGAAGUUGAUGAUGCCACUGGAGAGGGCAGAGUCUUCAUAGCACAGCAAUUGGAUUAUGAGGCUCAAUCCUCCUAUAAGCUGCAAAUUGAUGCCCGGAAUCCUGAGCCACUGAUAGAGGGGGUGGAGUAUGACAACCGCUCCAGCACCGUCGUUGUCAUUGACCUGCUCGAUGUGGAUGAACCUCCAGUUUUGAAUCUAGAUACUUUGAUCGUCAACAUCCCAGAAAAUAUCACUGUAGGGACCACCAUCUUGACAGCUGAUGCUAAAGACCCAGAGGGACAUAAAAUCAUGUUUAAGCUUGAGGGAGAUAAGCAUGGCUGGCUGGAGCUGAAUGCUGAAUCUGGCGAGUUGAAGACUAAAGCAGGGUUGGACAGAGAAGUGGUGGAUCAGCUCACUGUCCAAAUCAUCGCAUACGAGUCAGAGGGUCAGCUGCAGCAAACUAAGAGGGAAGUGUCCAUCCAGCUGAUGGAUGUAAAUGAUAACUACCCUAAGCUACAGAAGUCUCAGGGAUUCAUCUGUGUGAAGAAGCCAGAGCCCUUGUUGUUGACUGCUGUGGACGGAGAUGCUGAACCUUUCGGAGAACCCUUUACCUUCACUCUGCAGCCGGCUCGCAAAUCUCCUAACUGGGAGAUCACACCAGUAGACGGUACCUCAGCAAAGCUCGUUCUGAAGAAGAAGCCCACCACUGACCAGACCUUCAACAUCGCCAUCAACAUCAAAGACAACGCAGGUGUAGGUAUUACACAGAAGCUCGAAGUUCGAGUAUGUAACUGUACUGAGCUGGGUUACUGUUACAUCGAGCCAGAGAAGCAUGCCUGGAAGUUUAGCGUGUCCACUACAGUGGCCAUUCUAGGAGGAAUUUUGGGAUUUAUCGUUUUGUUCCUGGGUUUUGUAAUAUGCCGCUCCAAGAAGAGUGAAAAGAAGAGGAAGGAGAACGCGAUGGCUGAUGGGGAAACCAAUGCCAUGAUGUAGAUGCCAUGCUCAGUUACGCACAUACACACACCGGAUUAUUCAGUUCACAUGCAGUUUUGAUAGCAUGUGGUCUUUUUGAACUCUUGUGUUUUUUGUAUUUUAUUUGGCAGGUAAUAUAAAGUAAACAAACCGUUGAACUAUGCAACACUGUGAUGCACUCUACCACUGGAAUUGUCCAUUUCUGCUUUAGAAAAAAAAGGUUUAGCUAGCAAUUAGUAUAAAUGCUUUAAAACAGAAAUACACGGUAUCUGAUUUAGCCAAGGGUUGGAAAUAACACUCCAUCUGCUUUAUUCUGCUCUCCAUCCUGUAAUUUCUCACCUGAAUGGCCAGUGUUUUGUGCUGCUGUUGAUUUCAUUUGUUGAUUUUGUGUGAAGGUGUGUAGCACAUGAAUCUGUGCUUACUUGGAAUGUAACUGCUUGUAGUAUUAUAAAGAGAAGACACUAGAUACUGUAAUGCUGUGUAGAUUAAUAUAUUUAUUCUUAUGAACCUAAUCAGUCAAAAUAUACAAGUUUUAUUACUCUUAUUCCCUCAACCCAAAGUCUGGUUCAAGUCAGAACUAAGAAUAUAUGUAAAGCCAAGCUAUCCUGUACUUCAUUAACCAUAUGCACUUGUCUUAAUAAACAUCUGUGACUGAG